AUGAGAAAUUUGCAUGAUUUGGUUUCUCAAAAUAUAGCAGAGGAGUUCAAGCAGCCAUCAGGGAAAAUAGAUGAUAAUGUGAUUAAAGAUGUUAUAUCCCAGGACAAAGUUGAUGUAGAGGUGAUUUUUGAUACUGUACAACAAGUUUCCUUAAAACUGGUUUUCCUAGAUCUGAAUAAAACCUUUGUCAUCACACUAGUUUAUACAAAAUGUGAUGAAAGCGAAAGAUUACAAUUAUGGGAGGACAUAUAUAAUAUAGCAGGUUCCAGAAAUUCUCCAUGGUUAGUUGGAAGGGACUUCAAUGUUGUGUUGCAUGAAGAUGAGAAAAUAGGUGGGAUUCAUGUUCAGCCUCAAGACUAUGAAGACUUUGCCUAUUGUGGGAAUUCUUAUGAACUAUUGGAAACUGGUUUUAAAGGGAGUCAUUUUACUUGGUGGAAUGGUAGAGGAGGUGUUGAUUGUAUUUUUGAGAGAUUGGAUAGAAUUUUCUUCAAUCAACAGUUUCAGCAAUGGUUUGCUGAUAUUGAAAUAGAGCAUUUGGCAAGAACUGGCUCUGACCAUGCUCAUGUACCCAUCUCUUUGAAGGAGCAGGGUCAGCAUCUAAAAGGUAUUCUAUCUGCAUGGAGUAAGGAGGUAUAUGGUGAUAUUUUCAAGCAGCUGAUGAUUAAAGAAGAAAUAGUCAGGCUCAAGGAAGAGUUAUUUGAGACUGAUCCUUCCCCUAUGAACAGAAUGGUUCUCCAACAGGCUCAUGCUGAACUCAAAAAGUAUUUACACUUUGAGGAGGAAUUCUGGAAGCAAAAGGCAAAUGUAACAUGGUUUGCAGAAGGUGACAGGAAUACUAGAUUAUUUCAUAAUCUAGUAAUUGGUAGGAGAAAGAUAUUAGUAAAAAUAAUUCAGAAUGCUAAUGGUGAUUGGUUAGAAGAAGCUUCAAACACGGCUAGGGAAGCAGAAAGUUUCUUUAAGAAAUAG